AUGCGGCCAGUUCCUGACGUGCCAGCCUUCUCCCGCAAACCCUCUGCGGACCCUCUCUCCUCGUGCUCCUCGUUAGAUCCCCGCACUGCUGCCCCCGCAACCUUCUUCCUAUCCCGCAGCCCGCAUGCCUCCGAUACAGAACGCAGCCCCUCGCCAGAUGCAUCCGGAGACCCCAAAGAAAGCAUGUACGGUGUGCACAGUCUAGCAGAGACACUUGCUCGAUCAGAGCUUAGAGACAGUUCACCCCGAGACUUCCCCGCAGAAAAUCAACGGACACGAAGCUCGUCGCCAGGAUCGGACAAUAUGCGAGAUACACGGUGCUCACGACGACGGUCUACAAUCAGACCGUUCGAGUCUGAUGAUACUCGGGAUACAUCUUUACAGGCCCCUGCCUCGGAUACGGUCUCUCGCCCGCUGACUCCAUUUCAUCCCGACGAUCCAUCGUCGCUGCCCAGCAGCCCAAAGUCCAUUUCCAAUCAGUCUCUCCGACCGUUAGACGACAUCUCGAUCACCGAUGAAAUCAAUAGCCAGGCGAUUGGGUCGGGGGAUGAGGAAGAGCGACCCCGGCCCUCGCCGCGGCUAGGGUUCGCUGGAGCUUCGCAGUUGAUCAUGCCCAGCAUCAAGAUGCCAAGUCGACGGCCAUUUACAGAGCGGGGAAAGGCAAUGGGUAGAUUCAAGAUGCUUGUGGCUGGAGCACCAGGCACCGGCAAAACCUCCUUAAUCAAAGCCAUUGUCCAGACGUGCGAAGAUAUCGUGCAUGUUGAUUCUAUCGACUCGCUCUCCGUGACUGCACUAGAGCGGCGCCGUUUCUUGCGACCCCACUCCGGGUCCACCCCCACUCGCGGGAUGCCCACCACUACUACGGAGAUCUACGCUAGCACCAAGCCGUAUCCUUCGUGGUGGUCGGACUUGGAGGACUCGCGUGUGCUUCGACGGCGCAAAAGUAUAGGCGAAAUUGUGCUGGAGCGGAACUUGUGCUUUGUGGAUACACCGGCUACCUCGUUGAGUCGUGCAGGGCAGACCGAUUCUAUUGUGCAGUAUAUGCGACAGCAAUUACAGCGGGCGACAGCAGCGGUUACAGGAUCAGGUGUAGAUUUUCAAAAUUUGCUUGCUGGAAACGGUGGGACCCAGGUGGAUGCUAUUUUAUACUUGAUCUCUCAUGAUACACUAUCUACGGACGUUGAAUGCAUUCGCAAGCUCUGCGAGCUAAGCAAUGUCAUCCCACUCAUCGCCAAAGCAGACACCCUCUCCCCCGAGAAUCUCACAUAUCUUAAAGACCGAUUCCAUCAAGAGGCCCAAGACGCCGGCAUUAAGCCCUUUAUGUUCGGCGACUCGCUCGCCGGGGGAUUCGAUGAUCAAACCUCCCAAUCUCCAUAUGCCGUGUCAUCCGAGAAAACCACAGAUCUGGAAGUCAUGGACGCUAGUACCCUCAUGAGCCCAGACUACGAACAGCCUCUUACUCCAUCCGAGCUGGACAUCCUCGUACAGAAACUAUUCGACCGGGAUAAUCUCGCCUGGCUGCGCCAUUCAGCCGCCAAGAAGCUCGUUCAAAAAUGCGGUGACCUGCCCACUAUGUCAUCACCAGCCGGCCCAGCUCCGAAUGUACUUUCCGGUACCACCUCUCCGGGAAUAGGAUGGAGAAGUGCGUCAGGGGUGUCUAUGAGCUCGUCCAUUUCUUCCCUCGGCGAGUCACCACCAAGCUAUACCAUAGCCCGCCUGGCAGACUACACACGACACGAAGAGCGCAUGGCCCAGGUACGACUCGCACAAUGGGCGACGGACCUACAACGCAGCCUCCAGAACGAACGGGAGCGAUACGCGGCGCUGGCACGAGGCGACCGCGCUAUCUGGCUAACGGAACGACUGAGCGAGUGCGUAGUCGAUGGGUCGUUAGUGCCCAUCUCGCAGACGCCCGGUUUCUGCGGGCUGCACAUUCCAGCCAGCGACAAGAGUGGCGGCGGUUUGGACGUGAUGAAGGAAUACCGUGUUGCUGGAUUGAGUCCGCAUGACCCGCUGGGAGUGGUUGGGUGGAUCGACGAUAUCGGACGACGCGGCUGGAUUAUUGUCCAGAUUGUGGGGAGUGUUGGGGUGGUUGGUGGGUUGGCAUUGUGGGUGGCUCGGUCUUGGGGACUUUCAACGCGAAGUCUUUCGGACUUGCAGUUCGAUCACUGGUGUGGGAGUAUUGAGCAGUGA